GUGGAGUGAAACAGGGACCAUAAACUGCGCAGAUAAGCCCAGGAUGCUCUGUUUGAAUAUGCACCUCACAGGAUGAGUUUCAGUUUCAAAGGACACACCUGUUCACGGCUCUCAUGGAUUUAUUCAACAGGAUCUUGUUUGGAAAACUUGCUGCAUUGAGGGAUGCACUGAGUAGAGUCAACUGACUUUGGAAACUUUUUUUAGGUCAAACAGACUAUUGAGCCAUGAUCGGCGUGGACCUGCGAGCCAUCACCCAGCCUGUGGGUAUCAUGCGGAUAAUGGCAGCCAUCCUCACCUGUAUGUCUUUCAGCCUGGUGGCGACAGUGGGACACGUCUCAUCUCCGUAUUGGGCGUGGUGCAUGUUCACCUGGUGCUUCUGCUUCUUCUUCACCUUCCUCAUUGUCAUCCUGGAGUUCACAACCGUCAACGCCAAAUUACCUUUCGCCUGGGAUGAUUUCACCACUGCCUUCGCCAUGCUGGCGAGCCUUAUGUGCCUCGCCGCCUCCAUCAUCUACCCCAUCUUUUUCACUUGUAAGACCUGCCACCGCCAGAUUGGUGCCUCUGUGGUGUCAUGGGUCUGCUUCGGGGUGUACGCAGGUGAGGUCACUUUAACUCGCCUUCGUCCGAGUGGGCAGAACAGCGGCUUCCUCUCCACGUUGCCCGGCAUUAUGAAGAUGCUGGAGACAUUCCUCGCCUGUCUCAUCUUCACGUCCCUGGAGAAACAACAGUACUCCGGCUCCCCUGAGCUGCAGUGGUGUGUGGCCGUGUACUCCUUGUGUUUCAUCUUUGCCAUCGUCAUAAUCCUGCUCACCCUCGGACAGCUGACCUCUUAUUUUCCGUUCUCCUUUGACAAGCUUGUGAUCAUCUAUAACAUUUUGGCAGCGGUGAUGUAUGUGACAGCAAUGGUGAUCUGGCCGCUGUACGGUUUCCACUCAAACAAGAGACCCAGCAACUGUGGCCAUCUCUGCGCCUGGGAUAAACUGGUGGUGGUCACCUUCAUGACGAUCCUCAACGUCAUUGUUUACACUCUGGACACCGUCUACUCUAUACGCCUUGUGUUCUGUGUCAGUAACCAGUGAAGCUGCUGCUCAUCAAAACUCACAUGAACUAAGAACAAAAUGUGUCCUGGGUAUGAAUUAAUCUGUUAUGUUAGACAAAAUGCAAAUGCUGAAUUCUGCUAAUGCUGGUCAUCAAGUAUUCGCAAAGAUGAGUCAAUACAAAAAUGAAAUGUUGGUGCCCAUUAUACAGCCCUGUCUCCUGAAAAUUACAUUUCUAUAAAACUAUU